AUGCUCUUGACGACUUUAUUCAUUGUCUUUUCCGUCUGGAGUGCUGAUGCGGAUCCUGAGCAUAAAGAAGCCGAAUGUGGUCCAGCUAAUGUGGAAUUGACUCAACCACAAAUGUCUUGGCGAGUUCCACCGCCCGGAAUGCAAUUUACGAGCGGGACAAAAUGUGCAUUUACGUUUACAACCGAUCCGGCUUUCAUUAUACAUUUUGAAGCAAAUAAAAUGCACUUUGGAAGAGGCGGCAACUGUGACAAGGACUAUGUCAUUUUCGGCUCGACCAUGGAAGAGGCACAUGAUACUAAAAAGGCGGUUUGCGGCGAACGGAUAGACAAUAUAUUUCCACCAGAAGGACAGAAAUUAUUCAUGACAUUACUAAUCACGAACGAGGCUGACAAAUCUUUUCUAGAAGCAACCAUUUAUAAACAAUAUAACCCUACUAUACAACCUGCAGCUUGUGGGGAUCAGAUGGUGAAUUUGACCAAAAAGUCCACUCCGUUCUCUGUACCCUUACCGGGAAUGAAAUUCGAAAGAGCAUGGUUAUGUGGAUAUCAAGUGAAUGCUGAAAAUAAUAAACGUAUAUCCGUGCAUAUUGAUACGAUCAAGUUGGGCAAUGAUGGCGGCACAUGCGAACAUGACUUUAUGCGCCUAGCGGACACACCGGAAGGAUUGGGAAAAAAUGCGACCGUAUACUGUGGGACUACUCCGCCAAAAUCGGAUUACAUCUCGACAAAUAAUGUAGUGUACAUAGUAAUCACUUCCGCCACAAAUCCGAUCGAGAGUUAUGUAACCGGAUCUUAUUUAAUAGACGCAUCUCAAUCCGUUGUCCUAAUCCCAAAGUGUUUAUUGUUGGGGAUUUGGCUCAAUUGGCUGAAUUUACGCUUGAAAUGA